AUGGACGGGGCCGUGUCUAACUUGGACGUCUGCAACCUGGCCUAUGGCGGCAAGCUGGACGACCUCAAGGACAAGGUCCUGGGCGACAAAGCCCAGGCCACCAGGACUGACCAGGAUAACAGGACGGCUUUGCACUGGGCGUGUUCGGCAGGACACACAGACAUCGUCGACUUCUUGCUGCGUUUUGGAGUGCCGGUGAAUGAUAAGGAUGAUGCGGGUUGGUCUCCUCUUCACAUUGCCGCCUCCGCUGGCCGCGAUGACAUCGUGAAAGCCCUCCUGGCCAAAGGAGCCCAAGUCAACGCCGUCAAUCAAAACGGCUGCACACCCUUACAUUACGCCGCUUCCAAAAACAAGCAAGAGAUUGCCGUCAUGUUGUUGGAAGGAGGAGCGAAUCCCGACGCGACGGACCAGUUGGAGUCCACUCCGUUACACCGGGCAGCGGCCAAGGGGAACCUGAAGAUGAUCCAGAUCCUCCUGCAGCACAAGGCCUCCACCAACAUUCAGGACUCGGAAGGGAACACUCCUCUACACUUAGCCUGUGAUGAAGAGAGAGUGGAAGAAGCAAAACUACUAGUCUCCCGUGGAGCAAGUAUUUACAUAGAGAAUAAAGAAGAAAAGACCCCGCUGCAGGUGGCCAAAGGGGGUCUCGCAUCCUUGCUCAGGAGACUAGUGGAAGGCUAGGCACCCUUAUGUCCAGUAUUUUAAUUUCCUGCCGUUGGCUUCCCUUCAUUUUGGCAGCAGAGCCGUAUUCCCGGGGACCUGGGAGAGAAAAGCCAAGGUGGUAGAACAGGAAGGAGUCAGGAGUCAUGACGGAGUUUGGGUGGCGUGGUAGA